GUCCUUUUUCUUUCCCUCGUAAGCAAUGUCAAACUGGGGUAGCCUUCCGGCCGAGAUCUUGGCUGAGAUCAUUGACCUUGCUCUGAACAAUUAUAGAACAAAGAGGACUUUCAAACUGCAAUGCUUGCUCAUUUGUAAACACUGGUCCAUGGUCGGCCGAACUAUAAUAUACAAGAAGGUGAUUUUACACAAGGAAGAGCAAUUCGAACCGUUUGUUGAAAGUAUGCUCAAUUCCCCAAAUGGUCAAUUCGUCAAAAACUUCAGCCUGGCAUACCAAGAGGAGAACCAGCUAGAGCUUGGUUUAAGUCUAUUAUUUAAAGCAUGCCCAAACCUGACUAGGUUAGGCACUACGAUGGGGAAAAAAAGCACGUUCUAUGCCAAACUGCUCUCAGAACUUGCAGUAGGAAAUGGAAUGAAUUUAAAACUCAUUCCUGUCAACAAUCACAGAGACCUCGAAAGUUUUCGCGCAUAUGGAUACGCAACGCUCGUCUUAAAAGAUACGCUGCAAGGCAUUUUUUUUUCUGAUUACCAUCUCGACAAGUCAACCUUUUAUCAAAACGAAGCGCUUAACCGAUUAGGAAUAUUCAAAAAUAUAGAAUCGAUUUCCCUUAGACUGGAGGAUUAUAGCAACGUUUUUAAAAUUUUCGAAAAGAUGCAAUGCUGUCCUUCCUUGACUUCUGUGUACAUUGCAACCGAACAUCCUGAGCUCAUUAUUAAGAAAGACCGUAAUAUUGCGGAACCUUUUAACCUACAGCCUCUAACGAAUGUUUCGAAAGUAGAAAUAAGUGAAUUAAUUACACCCACUACCAGACUUAUUCAGUAUAUUUUGCAACUAUUUCCCAACGCAACAUCAUUAGAAUUUACAAAUAAUCCUGGGAUUUUUCCAUGUUUGCAACAACAACGUACAAUAAUUUUGAACAUUUUCGAAGCAGAAGAAUUAGAGAUCUCUACCGAACUUUGGAUCCAACUUUUCAAGUACAUUGCUCCAAUGAAGGUUUGCGAAUUACCCGCUCUAUUUAUCAAGAAUUAUGCAGAAGUUUUUUUAAGAGUUCCAAACCUGUGUGAGCACUUGGAAAUUCUAUAUAAAAAGGAGCUUCGGCUAGACACAGUGGAAAUCGAGCCUCAUGUCAGCGUUUAUUACAAUCAGUGCUUGGAAGGUAAGAUCUGUACCAUGCAUCCGAUUGGUAAUCAUUCACGUCGAGCCGUGUUUAAAUGCUUUGUAAGAUCAUACUUUCAGGCUUGGCCCCAUGAAGCUGUUAUCAAGACGCUCGGACGAAAUUUGAAAGCAUUGGAUGUUCAUGUUAGCCCUGCUGCCGAAAUCGGGAUUCCAGGUACUGGUCUGGAGAUUAAGGCGGAAACCGACUUAUUUGAUCUCAUUUUUGAGUAUUGUCCACGGUUAGAUACGUUGUGGGUAAAGGAUGGUACAUUUGAUCAUCUGAAUUUGGACUCUAGUUGUUCGCUCCAAUUUUUGGAACUGAUCCAAUUCACCAGUUGCAACUUUGAUCCUAUAUUCCUCCGUAAGCUAUCUACUCAAUUACCACGCCACCCAAUGGUAUGCAUAUUCAUUCGAUGUACCUCAAAAAAUCUCAAUGAUACUGUCGGGUCGUUUACAUUGAUAGAUAUGCCAGACACCUCAUUUGAUUUUUUAUCGUGGAAGUCAAAUCUUAUUGGUGGUCGUAAUCCCAUCGAAGAAACUUUGUACCUCAAAAUAACAAAGCAUAGAGCGUUGCCGUGCUAUUACAAAGUAUCUGCCGAAUUUCAGUUGCUUAUAUCUUCGUCUGAAGAUUUUGAAGCUUCUAAAAACAAUUUGCUAGCAGAAACUAUCGACAUACGUUGCUUCGAUAUCAAAAAAUUAAUAUUUAAGCGAUCAAAAGUUCAUUUUGUCUUAUAUCUUGAAAAAGAACCUGUCAUCCUUGACGAAGAAAGAUAUACGUGCUUGGGGAUAUUUAGUAAGUUUCAGGAAGAUUAUAUGUCGUGAUUGACAAUUGAAGCCCGCCCAACCCUAUUUUUUUUUAUAAACUUGAAACAUAAUCAACCCUU